ACAUUACCUCAGGGUCAAGCCUAUCUUCUGGUCAUAGUAUUUGACGUGGACAGCAACAGUCUGGAUGAUACAGUUGAUGUCAUAGUGGUCCACAUUCUUCCGUCCUCGUUGAGGCGGUGGUCUCACGUGGAGACAUUUUCCGGGACGUUUGGUUUCGGAUCGCUCUCAGCCAGAUAUAGAGUGGACUGUGACAAACACUUCUUUGGAGAAGACUGCAGUGUUUUAUGUGUUGAUACCGACAGUGCUGACGGCCACUAUGAGUGUGACAGAUACGGCAACCAAGAGUGUCUCCCUGGAUAUCAGAACGCC